CCGGCUUUCCUCCGCCACCAUGUCGGUCAAUCCCAUGGCCUACGAAGCGCAGUUCUUUGGCUUCACCCCCCAGACGUGCAUGUUGCGCAUCUACAUCGCGUUCCAGGACUACCUCUUUGAAAUGAUGCUGGUGGUUGAGAGCGUAAUCCUGAAGAAGCUGGACGGAUUUCCCGGCUGUAAAAUCGGCCCCUUCCAAAUCCGGAAAAGCACGGAGAAAUUUCUUCUCUUCAUGAAGGAGCACUUUGAUAAACUCUUCAGUAAAAUGGAAGAAGUGCUUCUGCAGCUGGUGUUAAACAUCCCUAAGAACGUGCUCCUUCCCGAGGAUAAGGUCCACGAGCAGUACCCCUACAGCAAAGCACAGUUCCAGGCACUUCAGGAUGAGAUCCAUCAGCUGCAGCAGCAGUACAGGGCUGAGGCAUCUGCUGGGCAGGCACUGCGUGCAGAACUGGAAGAACAGAAGGCUGUUCAGGCUGAGCUUGAGAAGAUUUUGCAAUGGUUUGACGGGCUUGAGAAUAUCUGUAGGGAGCACGGGACCGGCAACUUGAAAGAAAGCUUUGCUUUCUUGACACAGAACUCUAAGAAACUGCAAGAUGUGCUGAAAGAUGUUGAAGAGAAAAGCAAAAAAAUAAAGCAACAUGAUCAGUUAUUGUAAUGGAAAUUCUGAAAAGGCAACAAAAAUCAUUUAGACAGCUUGCUUAAAAUGAUAGGGCCUUAUCUUUCCAGAAGCAUUUCCCCUAAUCCCUUACUCCUCUAGUCCUGCCAGGAUCUAGACUAAAAACUGUUGAACUGUGUCAGUUUGCACCUAUUUAGCACCUCCCUAGGGAAGUAGGGGGAGAAAAAAGUCUGUAAAAUGUAACUCUCAUUGGGAAUAAAUUUUGGGUUGGAUAACCUGGCUGCAAAGGUGCCUUCCUGACUUUAUGAAUGCUAACUUUGAACACAACAUAGCGCUUGUUUAUUUUAAGGAUUAUUAAAAAAAAACAAAAAAGCCCAAGUAAGACCUGUAAGGAUAUGUAAGUACGUUUCCAGCCUGAUACCAGUUCAGGUAACAGAGUCGAUGUUUCUGUCUUUGAGGACCUUGGGAUUUGUACCAGUUUCCUGCAGGAGCCGUAUUGCACAAGCAGUGAGUGUCUGGUUAAGGCUGAGAUGCCGUUCACUGUGUUUUAAAAGCCAACAGCUAGGAAGUGAACAGAGAAGAGUGAGACAGUGACACCGUUGUCAAGGUUCUGAUGAGAAAUAGAUCUAUUUGCAUCAAUACUGAGUUUCAACCCAAUUUCUGAAGUUUCAGGGUUACUUACCACUCCACAUAAGUUUGCAAAGAGGUAGCUUGUGUUUUCUUUAAGCAAGGACAGCAUGCUGCUCCACAGACCAAAGGUACAGAAGCCACUGGAGGAAAUGAGCAACUCAAUCACCUUGUCCUACUUUAGCUUAUGUUGCUUUAUACAUAUAUUUUGCUUAUUUGGUUGUUUUUAUUUUUGUUGUCCAGUGUCCUUUUUCUACUAAAUAGCAAAGGUCAUUUUAUUCACGUUUAAUCAGAUUUUCCUGUAAAAAUGUUGUGAAGACUGACUGCUAUGCUCGAGUUCCUUGAAGUGACUUAAUUAAGCUUAUUCUAUCUGUACUUGAUUCAUAAUACAUUACAGUCUCUGUGCAUCUUUCCGUUGGCCUCAGCAGGUUUUGAAUCUCCUGUACAGACGUAUCAUGAAAUAGCAAUACUAAUUUCUACUUUACUAGCAUAGCUGUUUGAAAGACAUUAAACUUAUGAAUAAUUUAGAAGUUACUGCAAUAAAAAAAUGUAUUAAAAGCAUAAAA